AUGCAGCCCGAAACGCCGCCGCAUCCCUCGGCGCACGGAGAUGGGGAGGGGGGGGCGGAUGGGGAUGGCGGCGCAGCGGCGGCGGCGAUGUGGGCCGCGGAGGUGGCGGGCGCGCUGGAGACGGUGCAGCUGGGCCUGGCGGAGAUGGCCGACGCGCUGCGCCGCUUGGCAGAAGGAGCGCCCCUAGACGUGCCCUUUGCAGAGCUGCGUUUCCUCGCCUCCAUCUCGCCCCACCACCUCGCCUCCAUCUCGCCCCACCGCCUCCUCCCGCCCCACGCCAUGGCCCCCCUCUCUGCUGCCCCCCCGCCCGCCCACCCGUCUCUCCACGCGCCCGCUGCUGCUGCUGUCACCCUCGCUGCCCCUGCUCCCCCCUCUGCUGCGCCCCCUGCCGCUGCCUCUGCCUCUAGCGCGCGCGGCGUUCCCCCCGCCUGCAGCAGCGCCUCUUCGCCCCCCGCCCGGCCCCCCCUGCCGCACCCACCACCGCUGCACACCCCACUGGCCCGCUGGCGCCGCGAGAGGCGGCAGCGGCUGCUGCAGGUGGGCCGCGAUGGUGGGCAGGCGGGGAGAGGGGCGCGCAGAGCAGAGGCGGAGGCGGAAGAUGAUGAGGGCAGCGGCAAGAUGCGAGCGCGUGCGUGCGAGGGCGGCGCGCGCGAUGAUGCAGCGAGCCAGGCGUGGGGCGGUCUGGGUGAGCUGGGGGUGCGGGAGGUGAGGGCGGAGGAGUUGGAGGAGCUGGAGGAGGAAGAGGAGGAGGAGGAGGAGGAGGAGGAGGAGGAGGAGGAGGAGGAGGAGGAGGAGGAGGAGGAGGAGGAGGAGGAGGAGGGAAUGGAGGGCGAAGGAGUGGGGCAGGGCGAGGAGGAGAGCGACGUGGUGGAGGUGGCCUUGCCCUUGCCUGGGCGGGCGGGGCUGCACCGCUCGCCUGGCAGCAGCGCGGGCGGUGCGGGCGAGGAGGGAGCGCAGGGGGAGGAGGACUCGGAGGGGGAGGAGGAAUCGGAGGGGGAGGAGAAAUCGGAGGGGGAGGGUGAAGCGGAGGGGGAGGAGGAAGCACAGGGGGAGGAGGAAUCGGAGGGGGAGGAGGAAGCACAGGAGGAGGAGGAAUCGGAGGGGGAGGAGGAAUCGGAGGGGGAGGAGGAAGCACAGGGGGAGGAGGAAUCGGAGGGGGAGGAGGAAGCGGAGGGGGAGGAGGAAGCAGAGGAGGAGGAGGAAUCGGAGGGGGAGGAGGAAGCACAGGGGGAGGAGGAAUCGGAGGGGGAGGAGGAAGAGGAGGAAGAGGAGGAAGCGGAGGGAGAGGAGGAAGCGGAGGGGGAGGAGGAAGAGGAGGGAGAGGAGGAAGCGGAGGGAGAGGAGGAAGCGGAGGGAGAGGAGGAAUCGGAGGGGGAGGAGGAAGAGGAGGAAGAGGAGGAAGCGGAGGGAGAGGAGGAAGCGGAGGGGGAGGAGGAAGAGGAGGGAGAGGAGGAAGCGGAGGGAGAGGAGGAAGCGGAGGGAGAGGAGGAAGCGGAGGGAGAGGAGGAAGCGGAGGGAGAGGAGGAAGCGGAGGGGGAGGAGGAAGAGGAGGGAGAGGAGGAAGCGGAGGGAGAGGAGGAAGCGGAGGGAGAGGAGGAAGCGGAGGGAGAGGAGGAAGCGGAGGGGGAGGAGGAAGCGGAGGGAGAGGAGGAAGCGGAGGGGGAAGAAGAAGCGGAGGGGGAGGAGGAAGCGGAAGGGGAGGAGGAAGAGGAGGGAGAGGAGGAAGCGGAGGGAGAGGAGGAAGCGGAGGGGGAGGAGGAAGAGGAGGGAGAGGAGGAAGCGGAGGGGGAGGAGGAAGCGGAGGGAGAGGAGGAAGCGGAGGGAGAGGAGGAAGCGGAGGGGGAGGAGGAAGAGGAGGGAGAGGAGGAAGCGGAGGGGGAGGAGGAAGAGGAGGGAGAGGAGGAAGCGGAGGGAGAGGAGGAAGCGGAGGGAGAGGAGGAAGCGGAGGGAGAGGAGGAAGCGGAGGGAGAGGAGGAAGCGGAGGGAGAGGAGGAAGCGGAGGGAGAGGAGGAAGCGGAGGGAGAGGAGGAAGCGGAGGGGGAGGAGGAAGAGGAGGGAGAGGAGGAAGCGGAGGGAGAGGAGGAAGCGGAGGGAGAGGAGGAAGCGGAGGGAGAGGAGGAAGCGGAGGGAGAGGAGGAAGCGGAGGGAGAGGAGGAAGCGGAGGGAGAGGAGGAAGCGGAGGGAGAGGAGGAAGCGGAGGGAGAGGAGGAAGCGGAGAGAGAGGAGGAAGGUGGCGCGGAGAUGGAAGGGAUGGGAGCGGGUGGAACGGGUGGAGGAGGGGCAGAGGGUGUGGCGCGGGGAAGGGGGGAUGUUGGUGAUGUGGGGGUGAGGGAGGUGAGUGAGGUGAGGGAGGAGGACUUGGCGGAAAAGACAGCGGUCGAUGGCGGACAGCAGGAGGCGCAGCCGGGGGGGGUAGGGCAGGCGCAGGAGAUGCAGGAGGAGAUGGAGGAGGAGGUGGAGGAGGAGGUGGAGGCAGAACAGCGCGAGGAGGAAAUUGGGAGGAUGGAAGUGGAGAGCGAGGGAGUGGGUGGGGAGGAGCGAAUGGAGGUGGAGGGGAGGGAGGAGAGCGAUGUGGUGGAGGUGGUUGGGGAGGGCGGGACGAUGCAAGAGCAGGGCGGUGGGGCGUGCACCUCCGAUGGCGUGUGGUGUCUGGAGGGGCAGACGGAGGGGCAGACGGAGGGGCAGACGGAGGGGCAGACGGAGGGGCAGACGGAGGGGCAGACGGAGGGGCAGUCGGAGGGGCAGUCGGAGGGGCAGACGGAGGGGCAGACGGAGGGGCAGACGGAGGGGCAGACGGAGGGGGCGGAGGACGACCAGGGGCAGGGGGAAGGGAAGGGGGAUCGGGAGGGGGAAGGGGAAAGGAAAGGGGAGGGGGAAGGGGAGGAGGAUGUGGUUGUGGUGGAUGACAGCGAGGGGAGUGAAGGCAGCGAGGGGAAGGGAGGGGGGGAGGGAGUUGAUGAGACAGACGCAGGCGGCGAGAAGAAUGGAGAGGGCAGCGUGGGAGGCGCUGAAGGGAGGGGUGAUGCGGGUGGGCGGGAUGAGUCGUGUGUGGCUGGGCAGCGGGCGGAGGUGGGGCAGCGGGCGGAGGUGGGGCGAUUGGCAGGGGUGGGGCAGGAGGAGAGGGGACUGGUGGGAGGGGCGAUGGGCGGAAAAGAGGGAAAUGAGAAGGUUAUAGGGAAGGAAGGAGGGGAGGGAGGAGCGGAGGGAGGAGAGAUGAGGGUAGAGGAGAGAGGAGAGAGUGGAGGAGAGAGGCCAGGGGAAGAAGGGGAAGAGGGAGGAGUGGAAGAGCGCGAGGAGGGAAGAGGGAAGCCAAGUGUGGAGGAAAUGGAGGAAGGGUUUGAAAAGGGAGGAGAAGUAGGAGAUGAAGUCACAACGAAGGAUGCGGGCGGCGGGCAGGGAAGAGAUGGCAGAGGUGCCAGUGGCAGUGGGGGUAGCGGGCAUGGCAGGGUUGGUGGCGGCGCAGCAGGUGAGGCAGUGCAGGGCGCAGGUGAGGCAGUGCAGGGCGCAGGUGAGGCAGUGCAGGGCGCAGGUGAGGCAGUGCAGGGCGCAGGUGAGGCAGUGCAGGGCGCAGGUGAGGCAGUGCAGGGCGCAGGUGAGGCAGUGCAGGGCGCAGGUGAUGCAGUGCAGGGCGCAGGUGAGGCAGUGCAGGGCGCAGGUGAUGCAGUGCAGGGCGCAGGUGACGAGUGGAUGGCAGCAUGGUCGGGCAGACGUGUGGAGGGCAGGGGCGUGCAGGAGAUGGCGGGCGUGGCGAGGGAGGGGGAGCGGGAGAGGGAGAGGGAGAGGGAGAGGGAGAGGGAGACGGAGAGGGAGAGGGAGACGGAGACGGAGACGGAGAGGGAGAGGGAGAGGGAGAGGGAGAGGGAGAGGGAGAAGGAGAGGGAGAGGGAAGGAGAGAGGAAGGUCGGAAGGGAAGGGGCGAGGGAGGAGCAACUACAGGGAGGGAGCGUGCGGGAGGGGGGGGAUGCGCAGGGAGAGGGAGGGGAAGGGGGGGAGGCAUGUGGGGAAGGAGGGCAGAGUGAGGAGCACAUGAAUGGGGUGAGUAGGGCUGUUGAUGCAAGCAAGCUGGAGGAGGGCGAGGUUGAGGGCGAGGAGGAGGGCGAGGAGGAGGGGGAGGAGGAGGGGGAGGAGGAGGGGGAGGAGGAGGGGGAGGAGGAGGGGGAGGUUGAUGGCGAGGAGGAGGGGGAAGUUGAGGGGGGCGCGGACGAGAAUGAGGAUGGCAGUGGGGCGAGCAGUGGGGAGGCAGCAGCUGGAUGGGAUGGCGGGCGGCAGGGCGGUGCAGUGGUGGCGCCCCUCAGUGCUGGCGGGGCUGGCAGCGCCGCCUGCAGCGCAGCUCUCAAGGCGCGCAAGAGGAGGCGGCAGAGGCAGUGGCGGAAACGGCAAAGAGAGGAAGCUGCGAGACAAGGGGGAGAGGCAGGAGGGCAGCACCGCGAGGCAAAAGGGGGCGAUGUGGGGCCGGGCCAGACGCAGGGUGCAGCGGGGCCCAGCGCGCCAUCCACGGUGCCUGUGGGUGGCGGCCGGGCAGUCGCCUUGCCCGUGAGAGGCGGCGCAGAAAGCGGCAGCGCGUGUUGCUUGGAGGCGCCACUGCGUCGCUCUCCCACCCCUCCCUGUCUGCCGCCCUCUCACUCUGACCUGUGCAUCGCCCCCUCUCACUCUGACCUGUGCAUCGCCCCCUCUCACUCUGACCUGUGCAUCGCCCCCUCUCACUCUGACCUGUGCAUCGCCCCCUCUCACUCUGACCUGUGCAUCGCCGCCGUCAACCCUGCUGCUGCCUGGCCCCAGAGCUUGUCACUGCCAUCGUGUGGCACAUGCCUCACUGCCCCGCUGCAUGCCUCACUGCCCCGCUGCAUGCCUCACUGCCCCGCUGCAUACCUCACUGCCCCGCUGCAUGCCUCACUGCCCCGCUGCAUGCCUCACUGCCCCGCUGCAUGCCUCACUGCCCCGCUGCAUGCCUCACUGCCCCGCUGCAUGCCUCACUGCCCCGCUGCAUGCCUCACUGCCCCGCUGCAUGCCUCACUGCCCCGCUGCAUGCCUCACUGCCCCGCUGCAUGCCUCACUGCCCCGCUGCAUGCCUCACUGCCCCGCUGCAUGCCUCACUGCCCCGCUGCAUGCCUCACUGCCCCGCUGCAUGCCUCACUGCCCCGCUGCAUGCCUCACUGCCCCGCUGCAUGCCCCACUGCCCCGCUGCAUGCCCCACUGCCCCGCUGCAUGCCCCACUGCCCCGCUGCAUGCCCCAUUCAGGAUGUGCUGGCAUGA